AUGUCCUCUAUUUCCACCCUCUUUGGCCUCUCGGCCGCCAACGGCGACCCCAAGUUCAUGCUCGCCGAGUACCUCAUCGCCAACAUCCUGCUGUCGCACACCCUCAGCAGCGCCCGUAUCCUCAAAGUAUGGUUCGGCAUCGACAACCACGUCUCGCCGCGCGACGACCUCGCCCGCUUCGGCCCGCGCGCCGUUCUCGAAGGCCACCUCACGCAGAGCCACCUCGACAUGCUCAGGCGCAAUGAGGCCGCGCACGCCAACUCGCUGGAUCACCUCCCCGUCUUGGCCGCUGCGCUGAUCCUUGCCAAGGUGGCCGGUAUCCCGGCCGCAGACAUCAACUACGUCGGCUUGAUGUAUACUCUGGCACGGAUCGCCUAUGUGGGCAACUAUGUGCUGAGCGCGUCGCUGCUUGGCGCAUCGCUUAGACCGGUCCUCUGGUGGACGGCCAACGUCCUUUGCCUGAAGCUGAUUUGGCGCGCUGGAAAAGCAUUCAACUAG